UCGGUUCCUUUAAGAACGUCACUGAUCAAGCAACAGGGAAGUAGGAAGCAACUGAGUCAAAAAAAAAAAAAAAAAAGUCUCAAAACAAAAGGGAGAAAAACUGCAAGCAACUGAAAUCUCAAGAAGAUGGCGGGGAUUAAAGCUCUGGUUGGUCUGUCCUUCAGCGGAGCCAUUGGCCUGACCUUCCUUUUACUUGGCUGUGCACUGGAACAGUAUGGGAUUUACUGGCCGCUUUUUGUCCUGAUGUUCUACAUCGUGUCCCCCAUCCCCCACUUCAUUGCCAAACGGUUGAGCGAUGACACGGACGCGGCCAGCAACGCCUGUCGGGAGCUGGCGUACUUCUUCACCACGGGCAUCGUGGUGUCCACGUUCGGGCUGCCGAUCGUCCUUGCCCGCGCUUCUGUGAUCAAGUGGGGGGCCUGUGGCCUGGUGAUGGCGGGAAACACCGUCAUCUACCUCACCAUCCUCGGCUUCUUCCUGGUGUUCGGCGGCGGAGACGACUUCAGCUGGGAACAGUGGUAGCGGGGUGGGGGGUGGGGGGGUGGGGACCCCCCCGGAGGGCUGUGGGAGGAAGCGCGGCUCCACGGAAACACAAAGCCAUUCAACGCGAUUUCACUACUAACCAAAGCAUGGCCACGUCAAUAUUGAUCAGUGAGGAGCUAGGUAGGCGGGUGGAGGUGUGUCUGAAAAGGGAAAGAGAAAGGACAGGAACAGACUGUCCACGCUUAUUCUGUUCCCCACUUAUUUAACCCUGCCCCACUGCGCGACAUUACCGAACACGACGCGGAAUCACCAAAAGUAGUCACACUUUGUCUCUUAUUCUCCCACUCCCACCAUUUCCUGUUUCUGCCAUGCAGAUUGAAAAUUGCAGUUUUGACUAUAUGAGGGACAGUCAGACGUACUGACUUUUUAAUAUAUUAUCCAUGCCACUGCUUUAAAAAACUAUUCUUUAUUUUGUAGUCCAGUUUUUCUGCUGGAAGAUACAGAGGUUCCCUGUGAAGGUACAUAGAAUUUUAGCGGUGUGCUUUAUGGUUGAGUAUGGCAGUCGUUAUUAAGAAAUAAGUUGGAAGUAGUGCCCGUUAAAACUAUAGAAGUACCAAACAUUGGAAACAACAUGAAGGAAUUUAAGAGUUCAACACGAUGGAACAUGUAGUCUCCAACUCCCUAUGAAAAAGUAUGUGUCUAUAAGAAGUAAUAUAUCAAAUCUAAAAUACAAAGGUAGAUAUAUUUUGUAUGUAUGUAAAAGCAUAGUAAAAACACCAGUAACUUUAAGAAAAUAGAAUUCUACGUCAGUGUAAUAUACAGUUCAUUUGUGCAUGGUGUAUUAUUUUAUAUUACUGAAUCUAAUUUGGCUACAUAUUUUACAUAUAUGUGUAUUUAUGUAGAUUAUUUCACAUACAUACUUGCAAGAGACAAUAAUAGGUCCACGCAUAUAUAGUAUCUUUUACAGUAAGAUAUACAUUUCUUAUAUUUUAGACUUUAUUAUAGCAUAUUACUUUUUCAUAAAAUCUUACCAACCUACAUACUCAUAUUCAUUAGUUACUGGUUGUAUUUAUUUGACGGCUUGGGGAAUUUAAAUUUAUAAACAAGGUAUGGUGUUGUUUUCGGUCCUCUAAACUUAGGUUUUAUUUUAUAAGUUUACAUUUGGAUUAUCAACCCCGAUAUAGAUGGAAUGUUUGGUGGAAUGGCGUUUUACAUAAAAGGAAUGUAUAUUCUGUGUUUCUGUUUUUUUUGUUGUUUUUUUUUCUUUUUUGUCUUUGUAAAGUACAGUGACACAUUGGUGAUAAUGAAGUGCUUUUUGUAUUUAGCCAUUAAUCUCUGAUCCUGUUGUGCGUAUUCAGACACUGAGGGAAAGCUUUCUUUGGAAAACAACUGAUGUUAAUUUGUUUUUACAGUCGGUACUUUUGAAUAUAGUACUGAACUUUUGAUAUACCAUUUCUCUGUGCACCUUUCCUCAUCCAUCUGUAUGAUCCUGCUAGGGAAAGCUUUGCACCUGACAUGCCAUACUGACCAAAGUUUUACUUUGUCUUUGUAGUUGACGCAAGUCAACAUUUUAUAGAAAGACACAAUUUAUUGGUGAAUUUAACACUAAACAUUGAUCUGUUGCACUCUGUAUCCUUCAUUGAUUAAAGCACUGUUACAAAAUG